AUGCGUCGAACCUACCGACGUCUCUCCGAUCUGUUAAAGGGUAGCGGUGUCGAGUACAACGAAUCCACCGGUCGAGUCGUCGCAUCAGAGGAAUGGUGGAAUAGAAAAAUAAGGGAGAAUAAAGACUAUAGGGAGUUCAAAGACAAGGAUGUGAGCGAGAUAUACAUUCGCUAUCGUACACUUUUUGGCGACAGCUACGAUGGGGAGAAGUACGCGAUCACGCCGACUAAGUUGUGCCGAACGGGGUUCGGGUUGUUUGAGGACACUGCGUUCGAAGACACUAGGGAUGCAAUCCCCGUUGACGAGGAAAGUAGUGGUUCAAGUGACGAGGCUGAGCAAAUGCUCGGUGGAUCCCGCUUAAACGUAUCCGACACCAUAAGCGGUGGUAAAAGAAAGUCCUCCGGUGCGACGCGACGGGGUAAGAAGAAAAAAACAUCUGCACGCGAGCUGUCGUUCUCCAUCGAUCGAGCCACAAGUGUCGCGGAGGAGGUAGUGGCGAAGCUUAAUACCAUGAUGGGCUCAAAUGACAACACCGGCACUGCCUGUAUAGAGAAGCUACUGGCGGCUGGACGGUUCGAACGGCGUAUACCUCUAUACUUUUUCGCCUGUGCUAUUCUGGCUAAAAAACACUAUCGAAACAUGCUCGCCGUUAUGAAAGAUGUGGAUAAAAAUUUUGAAUGGAUUAAAUGGCUUUUCAAUGAGCGGGGCAAGUAA